UUGCUACAGAAAUGGGAAUAUGACUGGCAGAUGCAAUCACAGGUGCUAGCAUCGUCUUUCAAUACACCUAUGAUAUAAUCAUAUUAUAGGUGUAUUGACAGACGAGGCUAGUACCUGUGAUGCAAUUCAACACGGAUAAAUGUUUUGCUAUCCGAAUGUGUAGAAAACAGUCAAAUAAUUCUACCUCAUUUGACUAUACCAUCCGCAACCAUACCUUAGAGAUUGUAUCAGAUAAUAAAAAAAAAUGGGUGCAACAUUUAGUCAAGACCUUUCUUGGGCCCCACACAUUUCCAAUGCAACAUUGAAAGUGUGUAGAACACCAGGGGUUCUCUGCAGGAGUAUGUCUAGGUGUACAAGAAAGGCAAAAUCACAAACAUACACAACACUUUUAUUAAGACCUCAGUUGGAGUAUAUAUGUCAGUUCAGCCUCAGAGACCCUUAAUCCAGUGAUCACAUCAACCAACUGGAAUCUGUCCAAUGUAGAGCAGCCAGAUAUGUCUUCAAUGACUUGCACCAGGAGCAGUCACUGACAUAUACUGAAAUUACUAGAAUGGACAUCACUGGAGGAAACUUUUACAAAAUUACACACAAUCUACUAGCAGUUCAGACUGACCAACAUCAGACACAUGUACCAGAGGCAAACACAAAUUUAAAGCGAUAAGCACCAACAAUGAAUGCUACAAACACUCCUUCCCUCAGACAGUCAUGGACUGGAAUCAACCCCCAGCAACCUUAGCUACAAAAGACUGGCAAGAGUCCUUUAAAUGUAGCCUUUACAAAUCCACGCCAACUGAAUAAUAUUUGUGUAUGUCGAUCUCACUCUUUACAAACUAAAAAUCAUGCUCCUGUUGUGUGCUGUUGACCCCCCGUCCCCCGUCCUCCCCACACACACACCGACCCAUUGAUGCAGUAUUUGCCUACUUAAGUGUCAAGUAUUUUAAAUUUUAUAACAUUUGCCAUUCUUUUAAUUUGUACAUGUAUCAAUGUUAUAUCAUCAUUUAGUUUAUCUGUACAUGCACAAAGGAACAGUCAUCGCUCCAUACUAGAAGAUGAGUUCCUUAUGUAAAAGAAGAAGAGUGCAUGCUUAGGGGAGCUGGACUGGGUGGAUCGCGGGUGAGAGAGCAUCCGUCUAGAGCGCUCAGCAUGGGCACAGGAGAUACCCGAACCUAUAGAUUGUACCUAUUGUUGGGUGCCUCUGUAGCCGUGAUCGCUAAUGUGCACAGUCAUUGCACUACUGUCAGCUUCAGACCACUCGCUCUUCCAAGAAUUUCGGUUCGAUCCCCAGCGGUGGCUGAAAAAGAGAGUAAUGUCUGAUAGGGUUAGUUGUUAUCCCUCUAAUGGCACGGUGAAGAUUAUUAUACAUACAAGUGUUUUCUUCCAGCAGGGGCGAAGAUUUUAAAAAGAUGGAGGGAGGCGUGAAGCGGAGCUGCACUUAAUUGAACGCUAAUGUCCAGGUAGCUCAGUUCGUAGUCAUGGAUUUGAAUCCAGAUAUGGCUCCAUCACACUUACUUCUUCCAGUUUCACAUGUGGCCAAAGAAAACAAAACCAUGUGUAAUGCGUGGAGAUGCCCAUCCUGUUGUCGUUCCCGAGAUUCGGUAUGAGAUUACCUACCCAGACACUGUCGUUGGGCCGUGUAAAUGUUAUACGGAUACAGAUUACAAAUAUAGGUGGGAGACUAAAGUUAAGAGGUUUGGAUGGAAGGCUAAGGGGAACCGCAAUAGGCCAUGGAGCCGAUGGUUUUAUAAGGGAUUGGAUCACAUGGAACAUCAAAUGUACUGUGAUGGUUACCGUGACGACAGCAGCCAUAUUCAGAAUCAUCUGUCAUAUGAGGAUGACGACACCAUCAAUGUUCACCCUCCAAGGAGGAAAUAUAGACAAUUAACAAUCAAAGACUUUGGUAGUUAUAACGGCAACUGCAAUGCCUCAAAAAAAGCCAAAAAUGAGAGAAGAAAGAAAAAAAGGUUACACAGUCAAGAUGAUGUUGAAAAGUCCAUGCAGACAGUAAGACUGAAAAGAUCAAAUGACAAUGGAAAAGGGGACAUUUCAAACGUCGGUACUAGAAUUGCCGAGAUCAAGUGGAGGGAAUCAAUCAAGGAUGUAAAGAAUGAUGCUACGUUAGGGGUCCUUGGUGACGAUUUUGACAAGUCUUUCUGUACCUGUUUGUUGGACAAAGACAGCAUAGAGACAAUGAGGUCGCAUCCAAGUGGAUUCAAGCUUCUUUUUGGAAACUGUGUUCCACAACAACUUAGUCUGACCAUGACAGGACAGACCACUCAAGCUCAACUCCUACUUUGGCAAAAAACAGAAUGGUCUAAAUGGUCAUUUGUGGCUGAAUAUCGGUUAAAGAUCUUGUUAAAGCCAAACACUACUGGUCAGAAAAUGAUACCAAUCCUUUUGAGAGAAGAGCUUGCGGGGGAUUCAGACCGAGUGUACACAGUUUACGAACUUCUGAAUGCUGCACGCCACGUUGUUGACCUUUUAACUGAACAGCAAGGCCAUCCAGGGAAGGGUGUUACAAAAUCCCAGAGAGUUCGCCCCACUGGUCGGGUGAAGGGAGUCAGUGUUAACCUGAAGCCAGUACAGAAAGAAAAAACAGCACCACUUCCACAAGACACAAAAGUCUCAGUGGACAAGAAAAAGAAGAAAAUCUGGGAGAUGGAUUUGACUUCUGAUGGUGGUUUAUUGGAAGCCUAUGAUUUGUUACCAACCUCGCUGACCCAGACCAUGGAUUUUGGAUUCUGUAAAUCCUGUCUACGCCACUUUGACCCACCACUGCUGAAGGGCUGUGUCCUACUGCCAUGCCUACACUAUUACUGUGUUACCUGCUGGAGGAAGUACAUCUGGGAGGAAAUUCAAAAGGGUUGUACCACUAUAUCCUGUAAGCAGAAACUUUGUACAGAAGUGGUGGAUGAGGUGAUGAUCCAGAACCUGAUGUCAUGUGACCUUUUCAACCAAUGGCUAUGCAGCCGGGCAGAGAAAAACUGUUGCUAGCGAGACCAGAUCCAAUAUUUGACCAACCCUGCCUGGAGGAAGGUGACGGGCAGAGGAUGAUCUAGAUACAAGCAAACAUUUUGUAUACACUCAAGAUAUUUAUUAUUUACAUUCUAACGUUUCAACAGAGAAGCCACGGUAAGAAAGUUCUAAGGAUGAUCUAAGUACAAGCAAACAUUGAGUAUACACUCAAGAUAUUUAUUAUUUACAUUCUAACGUUUCAACAGAGAAGCCAGCUAGGCUAAGAAAGUUCUAAGGAUGAUCUAAAUACAAGCAAACAUUGAGUAUACACUCAAGAUAUUUAUUAUUUACAUUCUAACGUUUCAACAGAGGAGCCAGGCUAAGAAAGUUCAAAGGAUGAUCUAAAUACAAGCAAACAUUGAGGCACAGAAAGUUCUACUCUGUUAUAAGAAGGCCCUAUAGUUGUCCAGUUAAGGAAGGCAAGUCAAAAAGUCUGGGUGUACAUGUAUCUAUUCAGGACUCCUUUGUGUCAAAUUUCAUCAAUUUUGCUCAGUGAUAAAUUAAGG